AUGAAUGAACCUCUCAUCGAGAAAUAUGAAAUAUCAGCUGAACUAUCUGAUGUUGCUCGAGAGAAGCAUAGAAGCAAAUCUCAUCGUGUAUCUAGACGUGAUCGUGAACCAAGCAGAAUACCAAUACGAAGUUUGAAAAGGUUAAGGAACAAGAGCAGAAAGGUUAGAAAAUUUGUCUACGCACGUAUUCUGUCGUGUAUCCCCAUGUCAUCUACAUUGUACUGUUAUCAGGUUAUGUUAAUACUAAAAACUAUUGAAUAAAAGGACGUUUAAGUUUAAAUGUCGUGAAAGAAUUCGUCAAAGAAUAAGAAAGGUAAAAUGUCGUGCCAGUCGAUGUUUGACAUUGUUUUCUUGUAACAAACUGAUGUGUUCUUGCAAGAGUGAGGCUUAUAUAGCAAAUUAUUGCAACUCCAAAUUAAGCAGAGACGUAGUAAAAAAUCCUGGUCCUCCAAUAUAUUUUGACCCUAACAAAACAAUAGCAGUUCCAUAA